AUGAUGACCACCGGGCCCCGGGACGCAUCGGUGCGCGAGGCCAAGAUCUUCGUCAAGGAAGUUGUUCGCAAUGAUUGGGACUUCGAAGCCGGCGUUCCCUCCGCCUCAUCUGCCGAUGGGGGCCUUUGCCACAAUCGCGAAGUGCGCGAAUGGCGAGUGCGCGAAUUCGACAGCUCAACAUCGGAGCUCGAGCCGCAGACUUCAGACAGUGAAGACGAAGUCAUGACCCCAGCGGGCCAGCAGACCGACAUCGAGCGCCGCCGCAAACGUCGUCGACAGAUGGACGACGAGAUGGCAUGGAACGAGGGACUACGAGUGUGGAUGGCCAGACGCAAUGCAUGGUCUGGCGCAAAGACUCGCCGGCAGAUUCGAACCGAGGAGGAAAAGCGCGCAAUGGCCGGCACGCAGACAGACACAACAGAUCAGUCGGAUGGCUUGGAGGGAGCAACGGGAGCCUCCUCUGCGACGUCACCCUCCACGACCUUGAACGGCUCUGGAACCGGGAGUGUGGCUGAUCUAGCCACUCGGACAGACUCCUCGCUCGCGAUCGUGGACCGGGAGAAGAGCGAGGAGCUUCAGCACCGCGCGGACUUGACUUCAGGACAGCAGGGGGAUCAAGAAGAAGAGCAAUCCACCGCACCAGACGAAGAGGCCAAAGGAAAAGCAUCGUCAGAAACCAACAUCACGGAACCGGAUGCAUCAAAUGGUCAAUCUGGGUUGACUUCCUUCCCCGCCGUGGAAGAUCAGACUGAAGAGGAGAAGGAAAUCGAAGAGCUCGAUGAGCCGCUUGUCCCUGUGGCACCGCCCUUCAUCUCAGAUACCAACCCUGUGCGCGCAAGCAUCAUGCCCUCAAUCUACCCGUCUAUCUAUUCAAAAGUUGUUGUCCAAGGGAUGACCCCGACGAUGCCCGUCAACCUGGCGCAUCUGACCAAAGCCAUGGUUCAGGGCUGGAAAGCCGAUGGACAGUGGCCCCCCAAGCCGGCCGUCACAUCCAUCGUCCUGACCGACAAUGCGACAAUUCCCAAGAAGCCCGAGGAGCGUCAAGAGGCGCCCACCGGCCGACGAAAGAAUAGCAUCACCAACGCCGUGAAGAAGGUCUUUCACUUUGGCCACCCGUUCCAUCGUCGCGGUUCACAAAGUCAGGAUGCGGGGCAUGCUGCUUAG